AUGUUUAUGGAGAUGCAACUGUAUAUUGGCGGACUAAAAGAGCCUUCACACGAGAAAGAGCUUGAAAGUUACUUUUCAAAGUACGGAAAAAUACUGGGCAUAAAACUGUACAGUUCGUACGGGUUUGUUACUGUGGAGCCAGAGAUAGGGAGUAAGAUACUAAGUGAGCCCCAUGAGAUUAACGGGUCAAAGGUCGUCAUAGAAGAGGCUCGCGGACAAAGGAAGGGCCCUGGGAGGACUAUUCGGGGCCCUAUUAUGGCCCGCAGGAAGCCUUCUGCGAAGAGAGUCUCCAGGCUGAUUUUGGAGAAUCUCCCGAAGGAUCCGGAAUGGUCUGAGCUGCGGUCUUUCGUCCUGAUGAGUGGAGCUAGGCCCACGUACCUGAAAAUACUCCCCUCCGGAGACGGACUCCUGGAGUUUAAGAACAGAUAUGACCGAGACAUUGCACUGGAGAAGUUGAAGGACCAGGAGUACCAUGGAAAUCCUCUGAAUGUACGCUUUGGGAGGAAGCGCUCAGAAGGCCUUUCCAUGGGGGAGGAGAGUCCGCUGCCAGAAGAGAAAUAA